AUGCCACCAGCUACUGUCACAGACGACCCCAUUGACCACUCGCAGGCCGAUUCGAGAGCCGAGAGGCCAGGAGCUCCCCCAUCAGUCCAGGCGAAUUUGACCUCGUCGUGGAGGCAAGACGUGCACUUUCUAGGUGACAGAGCUGGCAAAGUCGAGCUCCGCAGCCCUCCAAAGUUCAGCAACAUCAGCGACACGCGCGCACACCUAAAGCAGCACCUUGCCGCCGCAUUCAGGGUCUUCGCCAGACAGGGCUUCGACGAGGGUGUCGCUGGCCACAUCUCCCUACGCGACCCGGGCAACCCAUCCCUAUUCUGGAUCAACUCGCUCUCUCGACACUUCUCCCAGAUCCGCGUCAAUGAUCUUGUCCUCGUCAGCGAGGCCGGCGAGGUUCUCCCAGACGGCGCGCAGAGCCCCAUCAACGGCCCGGCAUUCGCCAUCCACAGCGCCAUUCACCGUGCCCGUCCGGACCUCAACGCCGCGUGCCACGCACACAGCGUCUACGGGAAAGCCUUCAGUUGCUUCGGCCGGCCAAUCGAGAUGAUCUACCAAGAUGCGCUGCGGUUUUACAACGACCUCGCUGUGUAUCAGCGCUACGGCGGCACAGUGCUCACGGUCGAGGAGGGCGACCGGAUCGCGGCAGCCCUGGGGCCGACCUGCCGCAGUUUGAUUUUGCAGAACCAUGGCAUGAUUACCUGUGGGCGGACCGUUGACGAGGCAGCGUUCCUGUUCAUUGCGUUGGAUCGGUGCUGCCACGCGCAGCUGCUUGCGAAUGCGGCGGUGUGUCCUGGGUUUGAGAAAAGAUAUAUUUCCGACGAGCAGGCAGAGUUUGGACAUAGGAGGAGUGGUAACGCAAAUAAGAUGUGGCUAGCUUUCCAGCCGUACUAUGACCAGGUGGUGAAGGAGGAGCCGGAUUUAUUACUGUAG